AUGGUCGAGUUGGAUAGCUUGCAUACUCCAACAGUGAUGCAAGUGUGGCCCAAAACGGGCUCAUCCGAACUCGAACCGCAAUUGAUCCGUGCAUCAAGCAUCCAUCUUUCAAUCUGGGAUCUUAUGAUUGACGAGUUGGAAGAGGAUGAGAAAAGAGCAAAUCACGAAAACACGGCUCACUCGGAGAAACCCACGACGCUUUCAAGCUUAGACGUUGUCAAGAGCCUUCAUCUUCCGUUCACGACUCCAAUUGAAGAUCGAGAACUUUAUGAGUCCACGAAGUAUUUGCUUUUCACCCAGUUGGGAAUUGUCUACGAUGCGGAUGCGCUUGAGCCCAUCAUAUUUACCUAG